UAUUAGAAAGAAAGUUAUUGACAGCAAAAACAAUAUCUUCAUUUGCUAGUAACUAAGCUUUCAUGCAUGUAUUCUCUUAUUCGCUUUCGAUUAAUUUUUAUGAAGGUUGAAUGAAUUAUCAUUUUUCUUAUCGAAUUUUGAGCGUUACGGAAUGUCAUGGAAUUGGCACGUGAAUUGGUUUUCUGUUGUCUAACAUUCUGGUGAUUCUCAAUAGUUGGUCCAACGAAAGUGAAUGCGGGAAUCACUUCUCAUUACGUGACAACUCAUAGUCAUAUAUGCUUUUACCUUCUUCUUCUUUUUUCUCAUUGUUCUUUUGCGCAGCUUCACAAGGGAUGCACGUUUAGUGACAAACAUGGUCCUUUCUUCCAUAGUUCAACUAUUGAUUGACUGUCGAGUAGUGACAAACAUGGUCCUUUCUUCCAUAGUUCAACUAUUGAUUGACUGUCGAGUUUGGUUAUUGAAAUACUAUAAUUUGACGAUAUUGAUUAAGAUGUAAACAAACAAAAAAAAAAUAAAGGUAUUUUAGAAUACCUCAUUUUGGUGAAAUGUGGUCGUCGUCAUCAUCAUCACCAAUCACCAUUAUCAUUCAUCCAUUCAAGCAAACAAUCCCACACCAACGCUCGAACCCCAUACCUCAGGGAGUAAGGUCGGUCAAGGUUUCAUAACCAGCUCGGCGCCGGUGGCCUCAAAGUUUCCAAGUUUGAUUUUUACAUUGUUGGUGGUCGGAAACGUUCGACAGUGGGCGGGCCGCUCCUACUCCCUAUGUUUAUGGGCUUUCUCUCAUGGGCCUCAAAAUGUAAAACGAAAGGUAUACACCUCUUUAGGACUGGCAUGUUGCCUAUACAUAUACACACACAGUGAAUUGAGAAUUUGAGAUCACUUGGUGCCGUGUCGCAGGGGCUAUCUGCUCUCACCCUAAGUAGGUCAAAACUCACCGAAUUCGAAGGAAGGAAGCUGGCCGCUGAACAAACCACAUCAACCAUUUUCCCAACUUUCACUCAUCGAUCCCCUCUGGUUUGUUGCCACAUUUACACGUCACUCUUCCCCGCCCUUCAAUUCAUUGGAACUCUUCAACUUACAGUCUCACACCAUAUCAUCACACAUCCUUAUAGUCAUUGCCCUCGUUUUCAUAGUUUGGAAACUGAAUGACUUUGGGGCCAUUAAUAAAUUGACUAAAUUCGUAUUGAAUUAGUUUAUUAUAAAUGUGUCGUUCUCGGUUUGAAAAUAGUUAACAUGAAAGUAUGACGUCAAGUUAGCCUAAUUUAAAAACUGGUAGCAACAAAGAUCAUUCGAAUUCUUGUUUGAUAGAGAAAACAUGUUGUGUCUCGUAUCUUAUUGAAGUCCGACUCGUUACUUGAUUCACUUUCAAUAAUGUAUAAUCUUAAACUACCAUAUUCUCUUUCUUCCUCUUCACGAUAAUUGAUUAUCUUGUAUGCCACAUAUAUUUGUCUACAUAGUAUUCACUUUAUCAACUAACCUUGAACUAACAAUAAUUUUUUCAUGCACAAACUAACGCUCAGCCAAACACUCAAAUGAUUUAUGUUGUAUACACCACAAAUUUGUACCACAUAUUAAAACGAUACGUCAUUCUACCAGAUAUAUUUUCUUAAUUUGAAAUUGAAAGAAACGGGAUUUUUUUAUACACUCAAAAUUUAGGAUAUACCCACAAAAUUUAGGAUAUUUUUUUUAUACGUCAUUCUACCACAUAUUAAAACUGUUACUGAUAUAUAUUUAAACAUCACAGUAAAAAUAAAGAACAAAUAAAAUUGUCCAAAGACCGAUCUAAAAAGGGCUAAAAGCCCAAGUAUCCUUUUGCACAAAAAAGAAAAGCCCAACCAUCUUAAAAGGAAGCGGGUAAAGGCCCAAGGGCCAAAACGGAGAGAGGUAUCCAAUCUGUUGGCGUCUUGGCAACCAUUACCAACGAAGCAGCGCGCUGUCAAGAGAUUGGUGAGGGAAAAGAGGAAUAUUCAGACAGAAUAUUCUUUUCUAGUGGCAGAGCACUCUGUUUUUUCUUGAGGGGUUUCUCUUCCUUUCUCUUCUUCCCACAUGUCCAAAUCACAGCGCAGUAAUUCGCUCCCAGCACGAUUACCAUCCCCACCUUUUCCACCGAUCAUAUCAAUCAAUCAAUCCCACCUCCGAUUGACCUCUCUAGCCCCCUUCCUAAGUCGUGAAGCCGUCGCCGGAGCAGUAGAUUCUUUUGACGGACGGUAGAUCUCCGAAAGAGGAUUAAUCCACAAAGCGGUGACGAAGCUACCAGGAAGCUUCGCUGCUAUACAAAAGGACAAGACGGAGGACAGAUACGUCUGAAUUCUGAUUCGUUGCUUACAACACCAGCAACCGUGGUUGUGUUCUUCUUAUUUCCCUUCCCUCAACCUCCAUGCCUCAACCCCCGCCGACGAUCGCCAUUCCAUUCCCAUAGUCAACUCAAUUCGACUUCCUGCCCUUUUAAUCGCUUGAGAUUUUUAUUCAGAAGAUGCCGAUAAUGAUGCUCGCGGUGGCGGUUCACCAUAUGGGUUUGCUGUUCGGGACCCUAUGGGGGCUUCAGGAGCUCCGAUUCGCUGCAAUUUUUGAAGCAGUGCGCUCUGCCCUCUCCUGCUUCACCAUGGCUGUAGUCUGCUGUGUCUUGUCCUUUCGCAGUCGCAGAAACCGGCGGUCCCGAGAUUCUACCGUCGUCCCUUUCAUUUGACCUCCUUACCGCUUCUUCGUGUGAUUGCUUGAUUCUGCAUAUACAUUCCUCUGUUGCUCCAUUCUGCAAUUGUCUGUUGCUCUUUGUAUGAUCAGUCAAUAUAGAUUUAUGUUCAGCUUUGGAUUAUCAUCCUCCAAGCUUUAACCUGAUGGAUGGAGCGAUUAGUUUGUUAGUUAGUCCUCCAAACUUGAAUGACUAGAUAUGUUGAACAUCAAAGCUUGCUGAUAUAUGAUCUGUUAACGAAUCAGGGUUUGGUGGGUGUUCUAUGUAACUGACUCAUCUUUAACAAUUUGAGCAACUGACAUACUGCAGAGACUAAUCCCCAAUUUACCACCAUUCACUGUGAAUGGUGAUAAAUUGCAAGGGAUGGGGAGUAUCAUCUGCAUUCAAUGGCUGUUACCCAGAAUGGGAAAACAGUUUGGUAGAGAUUUAUGAGUGUUACCCAGCUCCAUCCCUACAAAUUCUAUACAAUCCAAGUGCUCCGUAAACUUCAAACGCAAAAAUGGGAUCAUGCACAUGUAAUGUCUUGUCCUGUUCGUUCAUAGAUUUCAGAGUUGUUGGGGUAGGAGUGGUACUGGUAUGUUCGUUAAAACUUUUCCCUUAGAGAGACAACAGAGAAGGGAGUACACGAACGGUUGUAUUAAAGUAUCGUGAGUCGUGACAUUAGAGCGGUAAAUAGAAUGACCAAUUAUAU